CAGACGUGCGCACUAAGGUAGCUCGCAUAUGUUACGUUGGAGAUACAUUCCCUAGCAAACCAAUGUGCGUGUUCGUCUUUGCUUGAAUAAACCUGCAACAUCACUGUGCCGUGCGGCCGCAUAUAUUGGGAAGAAUUAGGCCAGAAAUUGAAUCCUGUUGGCUGCCCAACCUGCCGUACGGCCAUUCUUGCAUGGCAUCGCAGUUGAAGCUGCCCGACGGUCGCAUACUCGACUACUAUGUCGCGGCACAGGCUACAGACAGCUACAAGCCGCCAGUGAUAUGGGUACAUGGCACGCCAGGGGCUUAUCCCGUUUUCCCAGACAUCCUGUCGGCUUGUGAGCGGAAAGGACUCGGGUUGGUGACCUUCUCCAGAUCUGGGUAUGGAGGCUCGUCCAGACGUAAAGGCCGUCGCAUCGUGGACGAGGUCGAUGAUGUUCAGUCAUUGAUGGAGCACCUUGGCCAUCAGAUGGCUUUGGUUUGCGGGUGGAGCGGUGGCGGCCCGGUAACAUUGGCUUGUGCGGCACGGCUUCAAGGAUGCGUUGCCGCCCUUGUUAUCGCGAGUGUUGGGCCUUACGGCGUGGACGGUCUUGAUUUCCUUGCCGGUAUGGGCCAGGACAACAUUGAUGAGUUCAAUGCCACUACAAAAGGUGAGGAAGCCUUGAAAGAGUUCUGCACCCGUGAGCGGGAAGGCAUGCUCCAGGUAGAUGGCGCAGGACUCACAGAGUUUCUUUCGAGCAUCCUGCCUCCGGUCGACAAGCGAGCAAUGCUUGAGCACGACACGCUCGGCAACUAUACCGCCGAUGCCAUCAAAGAGGGACUCAAGCACGGCUGUGACGGAUGGAUGGACGACGAUCUCUCAAGCGUGCAGCCUUGGGGUUUCGACUUUGGCGAGAUCCACUGCCCGAUAUCUCUCUAUCACGGAUCCGAAGACAAGAUGGUCCCAUACAGCCAUGGGAAGUGGCUGGCAGAGCACAUUCCCAAGCAACACUUAACGGCCCAUCUCGUCGAAGGCGAAGGGCACCUUUCCAUUGUGCUGGGGCGCCUGGACGAUAUGUUGGAUGAACUACUUGGUGCUGCAUCACUCAAAUAG